AUGGGAGCCAUAAUUUCAUCAACAGUCAUAACUUUAUCAACAGCCGGAAUGCUUUGCAUUUACGUAGGAACCCUAGAAAGGGAAAUGACCUCGGAGUUGGAUCAAAUCAAGAAGGACACGGACAGCCUCUGGCGGGACAUGGUUAGCAUGGAUCAAAAUCUGGAAGCCACAAGAAGAGCGAGAAGGGAUCUAGAAGAGGUGCUCGAUGUUACAGAAGCCGAAGCAGUAUUCCCAGACCAAGGAAGAGUUACACAGAUACCGGUACUUCUAUCACGAUGCAGUAAGUCGCACAUUCUACCCAAACUUCUCUUUGGAACAAAAUAUUGCACAAAAUAUGCCUUUACUCUCACCAGGCUAACAAAUUUCGUCCAAAAAUUUACUUCGAAUAUUUUAGGCAGAGAAGAUUCUGUAAAUAGAAUCAUAGAUCUUUUGCGUUAACC